AUGGCCAUGCCCUUGCCCUUGCCCGGCCCUGCCCUGUCCGGCCGGCCCUUGGCUGCCCUGCCUGCUGCACGCCUGCUGCCGCAUGCCUGCUGCUGCUGCUUCUGCUGCAUAGCAUUUUUGCGGCCACGCUAUCAGCAUGCAAGACGGUCCAAAAAAGACCGCGUUGGCAGUGCGCCACACCAGCCAGCGCCCAGAAGCCCGUCUGGGGCUAGAGCAUGCCCCGGAAACGGUUGGUCGCCAUUGUGUGCCCAUGUGUGGGUGCAACGGCAAAAAAAAAACAAAGCAGCCACUUACGCGAAACAUCAGUCAUUGCCGCCGCAUCCUGUCCUCGGAAUGAACCGGAACAGCCAGCUGAGCCUGAGGAGGGCAUGGCGCAUGCGUAUGGCUGGGCUGGGCUGUGUGCUGUGUGUGUGCGUGUGUGUGUGCUGGGCUCCCUCUGUGCCCGACGGCGUCAAAAGCAGCCGUGUUUCAAAAAAGUCUGGCCGUGGCGUGUUUGAGACGCGGACGCCCGUCUGCACCUAA